AUGUCCAGCUCACGCUCCGUCAUUUAUAUCCCUUCCGUCCCAGAUGUUCUCGACAGCGUCCGUCUCCGCGACAUCGAGCUUCCUCUCCCUGCAGCCCCGGACGCAUGGCACCGCCCGGACAAAGCACAGCCGUGCAUCGCAAGUCUAAAACUAUCCUACUCAUCCGCCAUUGCUUCCGCCGCUCAGGAUGAGGUCUCGCUCUCUUUGGACUACGGCAAGCUUUUCCGGCGACUCGAGGCCGAUAUCCGCAACAUGGCGGACCCCAGUACUUCAUCUGAGCAUCCACACCACCGAAUGAUUAGCUUGGAGGGCACGCAGCGUGAGGAUAUGAGGGUCAGUGCCGUAGGUCAGGACCCCCGAGUUACGGCAGGGAUCGUCGCGAAUUGUGGGCUCGGAUUGCUGGAUGAGACCGCGGCUGGUGUGCAGCGGAUGGAGCAUGUUCAGCAGAGCCCGUGGAAUAGCUUCUCGGGUGCUGGUGAACUACCUGCUAAGGCUGAAUAUCCACUUGGUAGUGAAUACGGCCAGUGCGAGGUGUGGCUACACAUGCCUAAGGCAUUGCUGCGCGCAGAAGAGGGACUCAUGUACCGCAGCGUCACGGCGUGGGGAUACAAGCGAAGACCGGAGCGAGGAGAGGCAGUCGAUCCGUCUUCACGGGCUCUAGUUGUCUUGGAGGAGGAGUUUCGCAUUGAGGGAAUCCGCUCUUACUGCGUUUUGGGUGUGAACCCGCACGAGCGUAUCGAGAAGCAGGCCGUGAUAACUUCUCUCGUGUUCGAAGGUCCUGGACAGAAAGCGUGGGGAUCAACUUUCCUCGAUACUUAUCAGGCCAUGACGAGAGCUGUGGCAGAAAAAGUUGACGAGACUACCUUCCAGAGUGUCGAGGCGCUAGCAACCUUCGUGGCUCGCAUUGUGACGAUGGACUUUGGCAACGAGAAAGUUACCGCUAGAGUCGAGAAGCCCAGCGCCUUGGCAUUCGUGCAGCGAUCUGGCGUGGAGAUCACUCGAUCCCAGGCAUUCUUCCAGAAGCAUGAAGCGGCGCGGUGAUGCCGGGGGCACGGACCGGAGGCAUGCAGGGCCCUGCAGGAGACAGGUUGACUUUGAAU